AUGGCGUUCAAUGAGCAGUUCCACUUGGAGACCGGUGUCGGUCCUAGACGAGUGCGCCCUUCCCGCCUGUGGGAAAAACGUCACAUGCUAAAGACUUCUGCUAGAUGGGUUGUGAAAGAGGCCCGCCCGAUCAGCUUGCGCCAGCUCAUGGUUUUCGGCCGCUCCCUUACUGAAUCACGACUCUUGAGCUCUGCGAACUAUGUUCGAACUGAGCUGCCGGCUCGAUUAGCGCAUCGUAUCCGAGAUAUGCAACAACUGCCCUACGUCGUCGUCACGAACCCCCACAUUAAAGAAGUCUACGAAUUAUACAACACUGCAUUCGAUACCUUUCGCAAGAUCAAGGAGAUCAAGACCCUGGAGGAAAACGAAAAAUUCUGCCAAGUCAUCAGCGGGAUGCUCAAGGCGCACCUCACUGUCAUACCCAAGCUAUCCAUGGGCAUCUUGGAAAGCAGAGGCAGCAUGGACGCCAAGGAUCUUGACAAAUUUAUGAAUACCGUUUUGCGAUCUAGAAUAUCUAGAAGGGUCAUUGCAGAGCAGCACCUCGCCCUCACCGAAACCUACCACUCCCCCUGGUUCUCGCCGGGUGCAAAGCUCUCCGAGUCGGAGUUCAUCGGCGAGGUCUUUAUAAAGUGCAUCGCAAAGGACGUCAUCGAGCGCUGCACCCGCGCCGUCCAGAGCCUCGCCCGUUCCACCUACGGCCAGGACGUCCAGGUCCCCGAGAUCAAGGUCGAGGGCCACCUCGAGUCCAGCUUUCCCUACAUCCUGAGCCACCUCGAGUAUAUCAUCGGCGAGCUCCUACGUAACUCCGUCCAGGCCGUCAUAGAGCGACGGCAGAGCGGUAAGGCCAAGGACGACGGGAGACCCCCGCCCCCCAUCGAAGUGACCAUCUGCGAGGCGCAGCACCACGUCAUCAUCCGCAUCUCCGACCAGGGCGGCGGCAUCCCGCACGAGGAGCUCCCCUACCUCUGGUCCUUCUCAAAGGGUCCGCAGAGCCAGCGCCGGCUCGAGAACCUCGGCCGCGUCCCCAAGCUGGCCGCCACCAUGCAGGAGCUCCACGUCUCGGACGAGCUGGGCCGCGCCGACAUGAAGACCCCCACCAACCAUCACAACCAUAACCACGGCAACUCCCUCGCCUCCAUGACGAGCCGGCCGCCUGAUCUGCGGUUGGGUAUGGGCUUGCCCCUGAGCCGAGUCUACGCCGAGUAUUGGGCGGGCAGCCUCGAGCUACACAGCCUCGAAGGGUACGGAGUGGACGCCUUUCUUCAGAUUUCGAAGCUGGGCAAUAAAAACGAGCAGUUGACUACCAGGGCGACAAUGGAUGCAGUAUAA